AUGGCCGUUGGGGUAUCAUUUGACUGUUGCUCAAACACCUACCCUGGAACCAAACCAACAUCUGAGCCUGAGGCCAAGGCUGUAACUGACUUUGUAGGAAGCCGAAAGGACAUCUUCCUGUGUUUCCUCACCAUCCACUCCUACGGCCAGCUGAUCCUGGUUCCCUAUGGACACCCCAACUACACUGCCCCCAAUUAUAAUGAGCUGAUGAUGGUCGGAAAGGGUGCAGCAGAAGCAAUUUGGAAGGUUCACGGGAUGAACUACACUGUAGGAGCCUCGCCUGAUGUACUAUACGCCAACUCUGGUUCAUCCAGAGACUGGGCUCGAAUGCAGGGGAUCCCCUUAACCUUUACCUUUGAGCUCAGAGAUAACGGGACAUACAGCUUCGAGCUUCCUGAAGACCAGAUCCAGCCUACCUGUGAGGAGGCCUACAGUGGGGCUCUGCACAUCAUCACCUAUGCCCACGACAAGACCUUUAGCGGUGCUGUAGCCAACGCUGCUGUGACCCUUUGGUCCAUACUGUUAGCAGCGGGUGUCACUGGAGCCACCCUCAUGUGAGGUGGAGAGCUGUUUGAUUUCAGCCAUCCUGCUGUAUAAGGCACUCAUUUUUAGUUCUUCACCUCAAAGUCAGAUUUAGAAACAGGAUAAGCUUUAAAGAUUCAGUAUUUGCUGGAAAGAAAAAGAACAGUUAAUGUAGAAUUCUUGUACUCAAAUUUUCUUUUAUAAUAAAUAGAAUAGUACUUACAGAGCAUCUCCUCAGCAAAUGUCCUUUUUCACAAGGUUUAAAGAAAGUGAUUCUCCCCAAUAAUAUUAGGACAUAAACAUUGUGUAAAAUGCACUUUUUUCUUGCAUUGUUUGUUUGUCAAGGCUAACAAACUGAGAAACUUGAAUGCCUUAAAUAAAAAUACUGGCAGUGGCGAGUGCAACCGCUCAGCCUCCAGUAGCUGCACCUCUGGUAUGAAUUUCAAAA